CUGAUGGUGUUCGAGAAACUCCAAUCGAAAGAACUCCUGUUGAUUUCAAAAAUCUUUAUGUUGCAGCAGCUUGGGACGGUGAACCAGAGAGUCGUCCUGACAUCAAAUACAUUUGCGAAAAGUUAGAUCAUAUAGAAUACGAUUAA